AAUAAUAAUAAUGGAAGUAGCAGUGGGUGUCAGUCGGCUCACAGCAGGAGGCACGACUACGGUCCAGGUACCACAACGAUUCAUGGAAACCUGCAGAACGAGAAAGCAAAAGGGCUUCAGGGUGGAAGUAAAGCUAAAAUGCUUAAUGGUACAGGUAAUAGUAAUAGUAAUGUGACUACUUUUGGGAAGAACAAGUAUGGUCUUGGAAAGGUGAGUGUUAAAGAUAAGGCCUUCUUCCUUCCUUGGAAAGGUUCACAGUAUUGGUACAAGUACUACCAGGUCCUGACCUUUAACAAAGACAUAUACGGUGAGGAAAUGUCUGAUGUCAAGUAUAAGACUGAUGGGGUUAAACCCAUUGAGUAUCCUCCAGAGACCAUGCGCAAGUCUGCUAUCACCAACAAGAGCUGCCAGACAGUGACAGGGACAGCUACCCUCUCAAAGACAAUCCAAGUGGAGCAAAGGUGGGACAUCAGCUUCUUCAUGACAUUAGGCAUCAAGAUCAGCAUCACUGCUGGAAUCCCCAUAAUUGUCUCCACAGGUAUUGAGUUUAGCGCAGAGACAACCCUCCAGUUCACAAAGGGAACAACUUAUAUUGAGUCAACCACCCACACUGUUUCUGUUCAGGACAAUGUCCCACCAAACCACUCCUGUAAUGUCAGUAUGGUGGGAUAUAAGUACGGGGCAGAGAUCCCUUACACUGCUCGCCUCAGCCGAAACGACAGCAACAGGGAGACCACAUGGACCUCCAUCUCUGGGACUUAAAUGGCAA